UCAUCUCUAUUCAAUUGGCUGUGGGCAUCGUGGUGGUUGUGGGUACUGUCGCCAUUUGCAAUUUGUGAUUACUCCGUGCGCUGGUGUCAUCGUGUUUUUCCUUACAAAUAAAGUGGAAUUACGAGCGGAAAUCGUUAAGCGGACUAAGUUAGUGAAGUGCAUAGAGCUACGUUUAUAUUUGGUGAAUAGAAGAAUACCUGUUGAAGCAACAUGAAACGUGAAAAUUUGGGAAAUGGUGGUGAUAGCCACGAUUUGAAAAGGAAACGUCUUGAUGAUGAUGUCGUUCGUCUUUUAAUCCCAAGCCGAAUUGCUGGAGCUGUAAUCGGCAAAGGCGGCCAGCAUAUUCAAAAGAUGAGAUCUCAGUAUAAAGCCACUGUGUCUGUCGACGAUUGCCAAGGUCCCGAACGCACGAUCCUCAUUUCUUCCGAUCCUGAAUCGGUUAUCAGCAUCGUCAGCGAGAUGCUGAAAUAUUUUGAGGAGCGUGAUGAUGAAGUUGAUGUUCGUAUGUUAAUCCACCAAAGCUUAGCUGGAUGUGUGAUUGGAAAAGGCGGUGCAAAAAUUAAGGAGAUCCGAGAUAAAAUUGGCUGCCGCAUCUUGAAGGUGUUCUCCAAUGUUGCACCGCAGAGUACCGACCGUAUAGUGCAAGUGAUUGGUAAGGCAGAUCAGUGUGUAGAAGCUGUUCGUGAAGUUUUGGAUUUGACCCGAGAGACGCCUAUUAAAGGGGCUAUUCACAACUAUGAUCCAGUCAAUUUCGAUGAAAUGUUUGCCGAUGAGUACGGGGGCUAUGGUGAAGGUCGUCAAAAUGGAGGUGGUGGAAACUUCCGUGAUCGGCAGUCAAGAUUUGAUCGCCGUGGGGAUCGAUUCAAUGACCGCGGAGGUGAUCGACGUGAUGAUCGCAGCCGGAGCGGUGGUCGAAGAAACGAUCGCGAAUACAUAAAUCCAUGGGCCAACAAUAAUUUGAAUAAUGGUCCCAACAACUUUGGUAGUGGCGGAGGAAGCGGUGGUGGUUUCAACAAUGGGUCUGGAUUCGGUGGAGGCGGUGGCAACUUUGGAUCGGGAGGUGGCAGCAAUUAUGGAUCCAGUGGUGGCAACUUUGGCUCCGGUGGUGGUGGCAACUUCGGGCCUGGAGGUGGAUCCGGAAACUUCGGCUCCGGUGGCGGCAGUGGAGGCGGUAAUUUUGGUGCAGGCGGUGGUAGCUUCGGACCAGGCGGCGGAAGUGGUGGAUAUGGGUCAGGUGGUGGCAAUUAUGGAGGUGGCAACUUUGGUGGUGGAGCGGGCAAUGGAUCAGGAGGAUAUGGAAGCAAUUUGGGGAAUAAUAUGGGAGGAGGAAACAUGGGCGGUGGAUUCGGUGGCCGCGGUGGCGGCAUGAAUGGUGGCAACUCUGGUGGUGGUGGCGGCGGCGGUGGAGACAACAGUACACAAGUUUCAAUCCCUAAAGAUUUGGCUGGUGCUAUCAUUGGUAAAGCUGGCAAUCGAAUCCGACGCAUUCGUAAUGAAUCCGGUGCGUACAUCACCAUUGACGAACCGUUGCCCGGAUCGAAUGACCGCAUCAUUACAAUAUCUGGCAAUCCAAAGCAGAUACAAAUGGCGCAGUAUCUACUUCAGCAAAGUGUUCGCGAAAAUCGCAACAAAUUUUAAAUUAACCCCUACGUUUUAAGUUGACUCCUUGUUUAUUGUCUAACAAGGAAGAAAGGACAACCAAUGGUGUGCGUUUACAAAACAUAUGUAAUAGUCAUUUAAAAUCAAAUUCAAAUCCAUCGCUUUAUGAAUGCCCAUCGUUUGUUGUUUUUUCCGGUGAAACUUUUCACAAAAGUAGAUGAUUAAGCAAACAAUUUUCCUCGGAUUAUUAUGCUGUAAACAAAUUUGUGUGAAAAUUUACCUGUAAAAAUGAGUUUUUUUUAUCAUUAGUGAACAACAUGUAUCAAUAAAGUAAGAAAAUCCAAUUCUUAUGGA